CACCACCACCGCGCGCGCGACGCGAGUGCGGCGCGAAUCCGGUCCCCCCGUAUAAGAGGCAGCGGCGGCGAGUGGGCGGACGGGAACCCAACCCGGCUCGCCAAACCGAAUCCUCCCUCCCUCCUCCUCCUCCUCCUCCUGGUGCUGCGGCGGAAUUGGGACACAUCCUUACAGGGUAGGUUGGCAACGCAACAAUGGAAGGAGGGAAGGACAAGAAUAACACCACCGACAAAGGGCUGUUCUCAAACAUGAUGCAUGGGUACCCGCCACAUGGAGGAUAUGGAUAUCCUCCUCAAGGGUACCCGCCACCAGGGGUACCCUACCCCGCUCCUGGGGCGUAUCCUCCUCCACCUGGCGCAUACCCUCCGCAGUAUGGUGGCUACCCGCCUCACGGUGGCUAUCCUCCGGUCGGCUACCCUGGCUAUGGAGGUGGCCAUGGAGGCUACGGUGGACACAUGGGCUAUGGAGGCGGCUACGGGGGUGUUGGCCACGGUCUCGGGCACCACCAUGGAGGUCACGGCUACGGCCACUAUGGUGGUGGAGGCCAUGGCUACGGACACCACAGUCACGGGCACUACCACGGCGGGCACGGCUGGGGGCACCAUGGCCACGGAUAUCACCACCACCACCACCAUGGCAAGCAUGGGUACGGCAAGUUCAAGAAGUGCAAGGCGGUGGAAGGGAGAACCAUCAUGUGUGGAUUGCCUUCAAACCGGCUGGGCUUAACGGGCAGCGGUUUGUCUGCUAGCGAGCGGGAUCAAGCCUGGCCCAACACCCUUGGACGUCUUUUCUCAGCCCACCGCCGCAAGUGGGCCCAUCCGGAAAAGCGCGUAACCGACACGCGUCGGCCCGUCGUCGUUUCAACGCGCACACGAAUAUCUAAUCCUCUCCUCUCCCCGGGCGAAGCGACGUGGGGUUCCUUCGCCGCGUCGCUUUCUUCCUUUUUUCUUUUUUUUUUGGGUAUGGAAAAAGUAUAUAUCGCUCCCACGACUCAAGCUCGACGCGCUUCGGCCGCGCCUGCUGCCGCCUCGAGCGAAGCAUCCUCGGGCCCCACCCGUCAUCGACGCGGCCUACCAAGGUCAAAUCCUACCCAUCCAUCCACCCACGAACGGCCCCGCGCUGCGGGACCCACCCAGGAUUCGGUGCCCACCGCCCUCCCCCUAUAUAAAAUCCCCCGGCAGACACAGGAGCCCAACAAGCACGGAGCACGGAGGAGAUCGUCAGUUCGUCGUCGUCCAUCCAGAUCGGCUCGGCUUCUCCUUCUCCGACCUCGCGGAAUCGCUCGUCUUCCCGUCCUCCAGUUAGGUCCCUCAAGAGCAAUGGGAGGAGGCAACGACGGCCAUGGGUACCCGCCCGGUGGCCAGGGGGGAUACCCUCCGGCAGGGUACCCGCCGCAGCAGGGAGGUUACCCUCCACAGCAAGGUUACCCGCCUGCACCUGGAGCUUACCCACCUCCACCUGGGGCUUACCCUCCCGCACCUGGGGCGUACCCUCCUGCUCCUGGAGCAGGUGGCAGUGAUGGGGAGAAGGGGCUCCUCUCCAACAUCAUGCACGGCGUUGCCGGUGCUCAUGGUGGUGGUCAUGGGUACCCAUCUGGUGGCCACGGGUACCCCCCGCAGCAGCAUGGAUACCCUCCGCAACAGGGGUACCCUCCUCAGCAUGGAUACCCUCCCCAGCAGCAUGGCUACCCUCCACAGCAGCAUGGCUACCCCCCUGCCGGCUACCCUGGCUCAUCUGGUCACAGUGGUAGCCACGGAGGAGGCAUCGGCAUGGGCGGCAUGCUAGCUGGAGGCGCAGCAGCUGCUGCCGCCGCUUACGGAGCACACAAGAUCUCUCACGGCGGGCACGGUGGAGGCGGACACAUGAUGGGAGGCAUGAUGGGCGGACAUGGAGGCUACGGCGGUGGGUAUGGCCACCACGGCGGCAAGUUCAAGCACGGGAAGCACGGCCAUGGCAAGUUCAAGCACGGCAAGCAUGGGAAGCACGGCAUGUUCGGGGGCGGCGGCAAGUUCAAGAAGUGGAAGUAAUGCGCUAGCUAGUAGCUGAAUCAACAACAACAACAACAAAAAAAACCUAAACUCUUCGUGUAGGCUUCCAGAACUUGGUUUGGUCAGGGAAAGCCUUUGAGAUGUAUCUAAAGCAGGGUGUGGUGUGGUUGCUGCUCGGUCUCGUGGAGCUCUCAUCCUUUCCUCUAUAUAUAAAUUUGGCACUAUAGUCUGCGUUUGUGAUGACAAGAUAUGACUUGCUAAUAAGUACCUGAACAUUGUGUGGUGCUAUGCUUA